AUGUCUGACGAGCGAACGGUCUCUGAGGGACAGUCCUCCCGGUCUGGCGCCAGAAACAGGGUGGUCGAUACCGUCCACGCUAAGGCCCAGGAAGUACUGGCGGAAGACUACGACAAGGCAAGAGUCCUGGUUACUGAUGCUGCCAAGAGCAAGGCCUACCUGUACCCCAUCAAGGGUAUUGUCUAUUUCGCAACCCACAGAACGCUGUGGAAGCCCCUCCUGUCGCGCAUCGGGUCCUACUUGCUGCUGUCCGCCGGUGUCAUCACUGGCAUGUUCGUAUUCACCUACGUGCCACAACUCGCGCUCCUUGUCUUCGUCAACGGUCCAUUGGCCGUAUUCACCACUGUUCUGUUGAUCCUGAACGAGAGCUCCGCGAUCAUCAACUUCGUGUCGAGAUCGUAUCUGCUCCAGGAUGCGAUUUUGGACACCUUCGAUGGCACUCUGCUUCUCAGAGGCGAAGAUGGAAUCGUCAAGGAGGGCAGACAGGUUCGCUCGGGAUCUGAUCCCAUGCAGAAGCUGGGGAAGGUUCUUAAGAGCCCCUUCGAGAAAUAUAGUCCCAAGGCUCUCGUUCGAUACCUCAUCUACCUACCCUUGAACUUCAUUCCCGUUGUGGGAACUGUUAUAUUCAUUGCUCUGCAAGUCGAGGCCACGCCGUUCACCGACGCUUUCGGUCUGGUUGCGACUGCCCUCGAGAUGAUUCCCUUCGCGAGCGUUAUUUUCACCUUCACGAACGCUGUGGGUGCUGCUCUGUGGGCCGCCGACAUCGAGGCCAAGGACACAUCCAUGACCGACGGAACGGCGCCGACGCUUCGUGAGACCGCAAAGAAAGCCGAAUAA